AUGGACGACCUUCUGGACAACACCAUCUCGAAGCUGAAACAACACUUCAACAUUGACAUCAAGUUUAUCAACAAAUAUGUAGACGAUAUUUUUGCAAUAACAAACCGCAACGACGUGUAUACAAUUCUAGAGACGCUAAACAAAUACCACCCAAAACUUCAGUUUACCAUGGAAAUGGAAGAAAACGCGAGCAUACCUUUCCUUGAUGUCCGUAUACACAAAAACAACAACAAUAUUGUUCUAAACUGGUACUCGAAACCAACGUCGUCUGGACGCCUGAUCAAUUAUCUCCCCUCCAAACCAAGAAAAUAUAAAAUCAACACCGCGAAAAAUCUUAUACACAAAAUACUGACGAUAAGCGACCAAAAAUUUCACGAAGCCAACAUAGAGAAAAUACACAGCAUUUUGAAAAGCAACAAUUAUCCCAAUCACCUGAUACGCGAACUAAUAAAACAAGAAACAAUGCGAAUAGGAAAUCAGCAAAAUAAAACGCCGACCACAGCAACAGCAAAUACACCAAAGAAGUACUACAGCGUCACUUACAUCCCCAAGCUAAGCGAAAACUUUGAUCACAGCACAUUAAAGGAACAAAACAUAACUCUCGCCUACAAAACAAAUAACACGUUAGCUGGAAUCUACACAAGAACAAAAAGCCCACUAGACAUACAGCAACAAAACAACGUUGUUUAUGAAAUAAAAUGUAAGGGCAAAGAGAACGAAAACUGUGGUAAAGUGUACAUAGGGACAACAAAACGCGCAUUAGGUGUUCGCAUAGCCGAACAUCAAACAGAUAUAAGGAAACAAAAACACAGCACAGCCCUAUCACAGCACAUAUUAAACAGCGGCCACACAGCUGAUUUCACUAACACUACGAUUAUUGACAAGGAAAAGAGGGAAAUGACGAGAUACACUUUGGAAAGCUUAAGAAUAUUAGAAAAAAGGGAGAAUACGAUCAACAAAAAAAAAAAGAAGAUACGGACAACAUCGCGGCCGCCUACAUGUUAUGCAUAUCAAAAUAAACAAUUUAGUAAUGACAAGACUACCAUAGAGAGUGGUACUGAUUAUGUGUAUAUGUAUUAA